CGAUGCUAUAGCUGGAGAUUGCAAGAAGUAUAUAGAUGCACAUAAAAAGCUUUGCGAAGCGGCAGUAUUUGUUUCAACAGCCGGAAAUUUAAAAGCUAAGAGUAUUGUGAAUGUUGUGGGUCCGGUGUGGAAAAAUGAACUGCAGGAAGAGGAUGAUAAACUUGCAAAGGUUGUUUUCAAAGCUAUGCAUCAGGCGUCCGUGAUGGGCUUCAAAUCUGUGGCGUUGCCUGCUAUUACAGCAUAUGGUUACCCGGUUAAGAGGGCAACGGGAGUGAUUGUCGCCUCCGUCAAGAACUUCUUCAGAGAAGUACAAGAGUCGGAGCUGACAGAAAUAUACCUGUGCGAUAUAAAAGAUGAUGCUGUCAAUGGAUUUGUUGAAGGAAUGGAAAAGGAAUGGGGUGCCUCCAGUAUUGGUCGCUUUAAUCGCUGGCAGUCAUCAUCAGCACAGCCAAAACAACCGAACAGGGCGCUGCAGGUCAUGCUGGGAAACAUCACUGUUUCUGUUCAAAAAGCGGAAAUCGCGAAACAUAACAUAUCGGUUAUAGUCAACACCACGUCGAGGAACCUUGAUCUUAAUAAAGGUGCCGUUUCGAAGACAAUUUUGAAGCAAGCUGGACCUGAAAUACAAAAUGAGCUCAAAUGCAAUUAUCCUAACGGUAUUAGUAAGGGUCAGGAGCUGAAAACCUUUGUCAACCUUUGCAUGGAGGUGGCGCAAAAACGUAACUACAGCGGUAUAGCGUUUCCCGCUAUAGGAACAGGCAACCUUGGUUACCCAAAGGAGGUUGUAGCUACCGAGAUGUUAAGUGCCGUCUCAGAAUUCGCAGCCAAAUAUCCGCAGUCGUCCAUCCUUGAUGUGGAUUUCAUACUAUAUCCCAAGGAUGAUGGAACUUUAAAGGCUUUUGAAAGCGAGAUUACACAUUGGGCAAAGAGUGGCGGAAGAGGUCAUGCUCGAAACUUCGAUCACUAUGAAAAUUUAUAUGCAAGAAGAGGGGAAGACGACGGCAACGAACACCUGUAUGAAGAGCUGCCGUUGGGAAAUGACUCGAGGGACUUCACUAUUGGGAAUGUUCAAAUAAAGGUCACGCAAUGUGACCUAACAAAGGAGGCAGUGGAUUGCAUUAUAAACAGUUCAAACGAGAAUCUUGAUCUUAAAAAAGGAAAAGUUUCUAUGACGUUCGUCAAAAAGUGUGGAGAAAAGCUUUUGAAAUGGGCUCAUUCGAAACAAGGGGAAAUGAAAAAAGAAGGAUUGGCCAUUACCAAAGCAUAUGGGCUUGCCUGCAAACAUAUACUGCACGUUGUCGCAAAGGAGACUGCACAUGAAUGGAAACAAGUCGUCGUAAGAUGUCUUAGAAAGGCCAAGGCUGAACGUUAUCACAGUAUUGCUUUCCCUGCCUUAGGGACAGGUAUGAAUAUCAGUCCUGCAGAUGCAGCACAGAAUAUGUUCCAAGCAGUUAAAGAGUUCGCUAUCGAAGGUUGCGGGUCGUUGACGGAUGUACGAUUUGUGAUCUACCAGAGUGAGAUGGUCGAUGAUUUCAAACAAGCAGCCUCACAAGCACAAGGAGUGGCAGGUACUAACAGAAAACCAUCUAAAGUUGCUACAAGAACACUGUCAGAAAACACCUCCUCUAACGCAAAUUCUGUGUGCAUAGUUAUUUACGCUAUGAAAGAAUCGGACAUCAGAAAAGCCAUUUUCAAGUUAGACAAAUUGAUUGAAGGCGAGGUCUCAAAUACUAAUUUUACUGAUUCGAUUAUUCAACGAUUCGAUGAUCGACAGGUAUAUAGAGUGUAA